AUGUGGUCAAAUACAGAGAGCGGUCAAAUACAGAGAGGUCCAAUACAGAGAGCGUCGACUGUAGUUUCAUCCACCCUACAUAGUACGAGUGGCUUGGUUUUUUCUGAUGAAGAAAAAGCUGAGUCACUUGCUGAAAAUUUCGAAAAAGUACACCAUCUGACAGAAGACGACAGAGACUACGAAACAGAAAAACAAGUAAAUAAAACUUAUGUUGAAAUAAUGAGAGAAAAUAUUGAUACUGACGACAUAGACUUAACCUCGUCUAAGGAAAUAUUUAAAGCUAUUAAAAAAACAAAAUCAAAAAAAGCUCCGGGACCUGAUGAUAUAUAA